UAAUGACUGAUGGGAGUUGAGAGCAGCAUAGCAUUAGGGCAGCUAGCAAAUCAAUAGCGUCUGCAGACGAAUAGGAUUUUUUCAUUACAGUUUCUUGCAGUUUCAUUGCAGUCAGUUUAUAGCAUGUGAAAUCCUCUGCUCCACGAUUACUUUUACUGAUAUUUUUCUCAUGUACUUUAUGGGUACAGUAUAAAGGAUAUUUUGUUCUGGCUGUUGGCUUUUUUUUAUUGUGCUCAUUUUUGAGUGAGUCAGCAUCCACACUGCUUGGAGAAAGAUUGCCAUGUUGGGAUUGGAUGUGUGUGAGUUUGGCAGCCAGCUCCUGGAACUUAUGUGGUUGACAGUAUGCUACAAAGAUAUUAUGGCAGACAAGGAUCCAGAAAUAUAUCCCGUUGAAGAGAAUGCCUUGGUUGAUACAAACUACAAAGCACCAGCACAGAAGACACUUAAAGAAAUUCAGGAGAUGGACUGUAAUGAUGAGAGUUUGAACAAAUACAAACAGGCACUUCUUGGCUCCUCUCCUAAGAAUGUAGAUCCCAGUUUACCCAACGUUCAAGUAACAAGAUUGACCUUGAUCUGUACUGUUGCACCCGAGCCCAUUUUUAUGGAUUUAACAGGUGACCUGGCAGCUCUGAAGAAGAAGACCUUUGUGCUGAAGGAAGGUGUUGAAUACAGAUUGAAAAUUAACUUUAAAGUUAACAGAGAAAUUGUUUCAGGCUUAAAGUACAUCCAUUACACGUGCAAAGGACGUUUGCAGGCAAGCAAAGACACCUAUAUGGUUGGCAGCUAUGGCCCCAGAGAAGAAGAGUAUGAGUUUAUAAGUCCAGUUGAGGAAGCACCAAAAGGAAUUAUGGUGAGGGGCAUGUAUACCAUGAAGUCCCAUUUCACAGAUGAUGACAAAAGUGACCACCUGCACUGGGAAUGGAAGCUGAAUAUAAAGAAGGAUUGGAAUGACUAGGACCUGGCUCACUCUUAAAUAAGAUAGAAACCGGUAGUCAGAGGGAUUACUGUCCUGGUACCAAAGUUACUUUACGGCUUUUUACUACCAUUACUAAUUGCAUAUGUCAUUAAUUGUACAAAAGUAACUUUGUCUGCAGAACCCUUUGCUUUUAGUACAAGUGCUUUAGGUAGUAAUGUGUGUUCUGGUGUUUUAUUGGUGAUAUGAAGAUUGAUAUUAAAACUGACUAUUCAAAAUGACUAAAUGUGAACAUGGAUAUGAGAAAGAUUAGUUAUUUCUGAAUGGCUAAUAAAAUACACUGUAAUGGCAUUCAUUAUGUGAAAAGGAAGCCAAUGAACAGUGAGUAUGUUGCUAAGCUCUGCUUUCGGGCACAUGUUCUAUAAUAUAUUCUGCUUCUUCAUUAACAUAAAUCUGAAAUAAAAACACAAACUGCUGGAAGUGCACAGCUACUUAAUUGACAUCCAAAAAAGAAAGAUGUGUUAAAAUUUCAGAUAUAUACUUCAUUGGAACUGUAUUUCCCCGAAUACAGUUUUUUUGGAUUUUACUUCAAUGUGAAAAGCCAGCCAACAUUAAAUUACAAAUUAUUGAUAAUAUUUAAAUUUCACAAUGAUGAAAGAAAUAUUUGCACUUUGCAACUAAAAUUCAAUAUGGAUAGUCACUUUGAAACCAUACAUUGAACACCUUUGCCAUCAAGCACGUUAACUACUGUAUUUACAUUUCAAAAGUACUUCACAAGCUGUAAAGCACUUUGGGAUCUCAAAGUUUUGUUCUUUUUGUCAGCUUUUCUUUCUGACAUUUUUCAAACAUAUUGCCAUUGAUUCACUGCUUUAUCUAAAAAUGGCAUCGGUUCUGAAUACAAUAUCUUUGCUGAUAACAGAUAGAGAUUUUAAAAUUUUAAAAAUUAAUUUGACAAAAACGUACUUUUGUUUUUACUCUUUCAGAGCAGUGUCUUUUAUUGUAGAUACAAAUUCACUUGAAUUAGAAUUUAAUUGCAUUAUUGUAAUUCUUCCUGGUUUUGAAUUUGCCUUCCACAAAGCAUAAUUCAUUCAGGUAGCUUUUAGUGAUGAUUGUGGUGGAGGCAGCAUGUUAAAUGGUUUGAAAAUGUGUGUUAAGGUGCACAGGAAUGUGACAUAAUGGUACUAGUACACUUCACUUCCCAGCUUUCACUGCUUUGCUGCUCUUUCUGAGAGUUAACUAUAGAAAUUACAAAUGUGCAUUUUGUUAGCCUUUUCCAUUUCAAAGCAGUUUGUGACAUUUUAGCAAGAUUCUUAAAAUGUAAUAAGACAGGGGUCCGAAACCUGGGCUCUUUCUAAUGCAGUUCUAUAUUCCAUUGUGUGACCAAAGCCUAUUUAUUUCAGUAUGUUACAACCAUUCUAUCUACUUGUGAGGCUCUUAUUUUUCUGUGACCUGUAUUUGAUGCUUCAAAUAAAGAUUGGGCACG